AUGUGUAUGUAUGUAUGGACAGAUAGAUAAACAAGUAGACACACAGCUAAGUGAAUAAAUGAAAAACUGAAUUCUGACAGUGUUCUCCUGGAUAUGACACCUUAGACCUAUUAAACUGCAGUGGUUGGUAAAAAACACAAGCAUUCAUUCAUCCCUUUCGUGUCCUGUUAUUUUCCAGUUGGGUUACAGGUAAUAACCCUUGUUGCUGGAGAGUGUAUGAACUAGAAAUGCUAAAAUCUUUCCAGCAUUCAUCUUGGUUGUUGCUCAGAUGUUUGAUUUAAAGUUGAGCAGUCUGUGUGAAGAGUUAGUAGUCAGGAUUGGAAUUGAAGUCCAAAUCGUACCGCAUUUUUCCAUUUCACCCUAUACCUUCUAGCACAGCAGUUCUGUUUUGUGCCAUUUUGUUCUGAUUCAUGGUGAACACCUACCAUCAUAAAAUAUCUUCCUUAAUUUUAGGCAUCUAUCUUCUGGAUUUAAUCUACAUUGAUUCUGCAUAUCCUGCCUCAGGCAGCAUCAUGGAAAAUGAACAAAGAUCCAAUCAGAUGAACAAUAUUCUCCGAAUAAUUGCGGAUUUACAAGUUUCCUGCAGCUACGACCACCUCACAACCCUGCCCCACGUGCAGAAGUACCUGAAGUCCGUGCGCUACAUUGAAGAGCUCCAGAAGUUUGUGGAAGACGACAACUACAAACUGUCGCUCAGAAUUGAACCAGGAAGCAGCUCCCCGAGACUAGUCUCUUCCAAGGAAGAUCUUGCAGCCCCCGCCGGCGGCUCCAGUUCUGCGAGGUUCAGCCGGCGGCCCACCUGUCCUGACGCAUCUGUGGCUGGCAGCCUCCCCACGCCCCCAGUUCCGAGACACAGGAAGAGCCACAGCCUGGGCAACAAUAUGAUGUGUCAGUUGAGUGUAGUUGAGAGUAAGAGUGCGACAUUCCCAUCGGAGAAAGCGAGGCACCUGCUGGACGACAGCGUCCUGGAGUCGCGCAGCCCCCGCAGGGGCCUCGCCCUCGCCUCCUCCUCUGCCGUCACCAAUGGACUCGCCCUCGGCAGUAGUGAGAGCUCAGAGUUUAGUGAAGAGAUGUCUUCAGGGCUGGCAAGCAGGGGACGUCUCUAUGCCACGCUGGGGCCCAACUGGCGGGUUCCAGUUCGGAAUUCUCCCAGAACCCGGAGCUGCGUCUACAGCCCCACCGGCCCGUGCAUCUGUACGCUGGGGAGCUCGGCAGCGGUCCCCACCAUGGAGGGGCCUCUGAGAAGGAAAACUCUGCUCAAGGAAGGACGGAAACCCGCGCUGUCCUCGUGGACCAGGUACUGGGUCAUACUCUCAGGAUCCACCCUCCUGUACUACGGAGCCAAGUCCUUGAGGGGCACAGACAGAAAACACUAUAAAUCCACACCUGGCAAAAAGGUCUCCGUCGUGGGCUGGAUGGUGCGGCUGCCCGACGACCCUGAGCACCCGGACAUCUUCCAGCUGAAUAACCCCGACAAAGGCAAUGUUUACAAGUUCCAGACUGGUUCCCGGUUUCAUGCAAUACUGUGGCACAAGCAUUUGGAUGACGCAUGUAAAAGCAACCGGCCUCAGACACAGUCACCAGCAAGUUCUCCAUCAUCCAAGUCCAAGGGCACAAUUGUUGAUGACCAUGGUGACGAGAGCAAAGCCCUGGGGAGGGGACGGUCCGAGCUCUGCUUUCGGCUGAGAGCUCUUCAGGUGAACAAUGUCCUUCAUCUGUCACUCCUUGUCAUCACUUUUAAGUGACUUUUAUUUUGCACAAAUACAUUUUUAUUUAAAGUAAUGAAUAAAAAUUAGCUUUAUUUAUGGUAGCUUUAUCACCAUAGCUUCUCCCUUCAGCCCUUCCCUACCCUCUCUCCUUCCCU